UCAGUCGUAUUGUUACAAUUCCUUUUCUUUUCGUCGCUUUCUUUCUGUUCGUAAGUUAGUGGGGCGAGAGUGGAUAAAGAAAAAGUUAAUAGAGGCACGAGCAUACAGGUGAGAAAGACAUGUUUUGAUACCCCACAGGCAGCAAAUCAGCAAGCAGUCAGAUCAGUUGAAAAUUACCCAGUAAAUAUAACAUAUCUAUAUAACUGACAAAGAGUUUAGUUGUUAAGUUCAUUUGUCGAGCGGAUCCGUCUUGAGAGGUUACACUAUUGAGCGUCGUCGAUUUUAUUAUUAUUAUUAUUAGUAACAUCGUUAUUGUAACUUUUUAUCACGGUCCAAAUCAAAUCACACCCAAAAAGGAUUGAAUUAAAAACGGAGGGGAAAAACUCUACACUUAAAUUACUGCUUUGCUUUCUUCCUUAAAACUUGGAGAACAAAAGCUGUCAAAAAUCAAGUCUCGACACAGCCAGAAAUAUGAUAAAUUAUAAGUUGCUAAUAUUUUCACUGACAGUCACCACAUGGAUACAGACUGCAACAAGCAGCGCACUAAAAACACUACCACUACCACAGUUCCAGUCACUAAAGAAGUUCUACCCAGGGUAUAAACAGUAUGGUGGAGAAUUCAACAAGCUCCAUCUAUUUACGCUGAUAGGAUGUAAUGAAUCUUGCCAGAAUAAAGUUUUGCACGACUUGAGUGCGUUACGCUUAUCCUAUGCACUCAAUAAGGUUGGUGGAGUCCACUCCUUGGGAAAAACACUUAUUCGAUUAUCCACAAAAGGUGAGGACAGUGUGAGCGGCACAGAUAAUAACCAGUAUAUCUUUCACCCCAUUGCUUAUGGACCAUAUUUAGCUGACAAAUAUGGUUACCCAAAUGUUUCAAAGUUACAUGCUACAGAUCCCAUACAGACAAUGAAGAAAUUCUAUGGAAAACAGGGAAUAAUACGGAUAAUAACAUAUGUCAAGCAAAACAAUAUGCCUAAAGGACAUGUUGCAUUGUGGGAUUGUACACAUUUCCACCAAUCAAAAAACUGGUUAGUCAGUCAUGAAUUAUUUACAUUGGAAUUCUGGGAAUCUCCAGACUCCAGCUGCAAACUGACAGAUAAUUAUCAAUGGCAAGAUUACUAUCAGAAAGCAGAUCCAGCUGAUAUCGGCAGAAAAAGUUCCAAAUCUCUAAGACACAAAGCCCAUAAUAGGCACAAAGGAAGCCAACGCUACCAACAUCUUCUACGACUAGUUAAGAGUAAGCAACGGCCAAAGAAAAAGCACCACCAAACAUUAGGAAGCUGAGUUUGAGAAGAUAAGUUAAGAAAAUUGGCAGAAAUCCAUGACAAAAGUAUUUCAACAACUGCAGCAAUGUUACUUGAGCUUUAUGAAAGCAGAAUACCCAAAUGUGCUAUGAAACUACUAAAUAGUAGAUAUUGUUUCAAAUUAACGUUCAUUUUAUUAAGAUGAGUAGAUUAAUAUCAAAUAAAGAAAACCAUAAAUCUGCUAAAUACAUUGAAAGAGAGAACACGUUAAAAGUUUAUGACAAUCUUGAGUUUGUAUAAAAUAUAAUGGCUUGGUCACAUGUUGAGAAGUCAUUUUUUUUUUUUUGUUAUGAUAUGCUUUUGUCAUCAAUGGUUACUAAGAAACAACUAAGAUGUUUCCAUACGAAACAUUUUGGGGAAACCAACAUAGGGAAUAUGUUUCCUGCAUAACAGGGGGUCUUGCUGCAAGUUACUGUGGUAAAAGCUACAAAAGAAAUACGUAAAUGACAUCCUUGGGUUCAGUGGCUGAACUGGCAUUUAAAAUUGAUAAUCAUGUCAAACGUAUAUUAAGGAUGGAUAAAGAUGUGAUCAGGUAUGUCCAUGAGUCACCAAAGGACUGGCUAUCUAAAGAUUAUCAAUAACCUUUGCAGCUAUGAAUGCAAUAAAGAAAAUACCCUUGUGGUAAAUGUUUUCUAUUUGUAAUAUAAUAAAGCUGUUCAUAAAAUA